GCCAUCUACGAAUGUUCAAUCGAAUCAGGCCACACUAACAGGCUGUGCUGCCAUCUAGGUUGUAAAGUCCUGAGUACUUGCAUUUAUUGCCUGGUUUUGAUUUGUUUACAUAGUUUUUCCGUUUUUUUCAGUAUUGUGUGGAUUAGUGGAGCGUAAGGCCUAUAACACAGGCCGAGCAGAGCGAGCGACCAGAAACCAAGAGAAUACUUUCCCGAGCAUUGCUGAAAUACCUCAUCUUUAUUUUCCGAAGAUAUCUCAACUAAAAAGUGCAAAAAACCAAGUGAGC